AUUAAAUCGACGGUCACACUGGUGGUUUCACUGGUACCAGUAAAAUUUACAAAAAAAUCGCUAUAUCUGCAUAAAUAAACUGUGUGUCGACUUUUGCAACAAUGUCUGCCACGCCAGGUACACCUGGAACACCCGGCAGCCUGGCCAUGGAGAUGGUCAAGGCCCAGAACACGGCUCUGGCUGAUUUCAAGAAGCCCACAGAUCUCGUGCGACGCAAAAACAAACCGAAAAUCCUCAGCGAAGAGCAGUACAUAGAAGAGAUGUCGAAAAUCAUACAGCGCGACUUCUUUCCGGACUUGGAGAAGUUGCGGGCACAGAAUGAUUACCUAGAGGCCGAGGCGCGUCGUGACUUUCUGCAAAUGGCGGAGAUACGGGCACGGUACAGUCUGGGUCGGACUCCAAGGAUGGGCAACCGGAACGGGAGGCGCAACAACCGGAACAACAAUGCCAUGUCCCCGGCCACCUUUGAGACGCCCGCAAGCCAGGGAAGCCGCAGCAAUACGCCUCUCCAACGUGCGGACACACCGUGCUCCACCACCAGCAGCAGUAGCGCGCGCAGCUCGGCCGAGGGCAGUUCAUUGUCGUCCAAAAUGUCGCUGGAUGCCUUCCUGCAGAGCUACACGAGCGAGGACAAUCAGAGCUUCCAGGAAAUCAUUGAGACGGCCGAGGAGAAGCUGCGUCAAAAGUACGCCCUGCUCUACAAUCACGAGCAGCUGUCCGCGGAUCAGCUGGCGCGUGCCCUCAUGCUGCCCAGCAUCGAGAAGCAGUUCGAGGAGCCCGAUCCACUGAGGAAGAUCGAGACCUGGAAGUACACCAACAUGAACUCUGUGAUGUAUGUGCCGGAUGGCGUUGAGUUGACCGAGGAGGAGCGUGUGCAGGCAGCGGAACGUCGCAUGAGCAUCCAGCACGAGGCCACCCGGCUGCCAGAGAGUCUGAGCAACCAGCGUGAGGUGGAGAGUAAAAAGGUUGCGGAUGGUGAAACCAAUUCCACGGAGCCACCACGCAUACGCGGCUUCUCGCUGCUGCGAUCUCCCUCACCGCAUCCCGGUGUGGCCUUCUCCCCCAUCAUGACAUGGGGCGAGAUAGAUGGCACGCCCUUCCGCCUGGACGGCGGUGACACUCCGCUGCGUCCCACCCAGGGACCCUCGUUCCGCAUCAACGAGAACUCUCGCCGCGAGAACAUUGCCAUAGCCCUGGCCGAGAGGGUCAGCGAGAAGAUGCGCAACCAGAAGCAAGUGGCACUCGACACUGCGCGACGCAACAUCAGCUCACCGCUGAUACGCACGAACAUGGAGCGUCUGGCCAGCAUGUCCCCAGCCGCGCAGCAUCUGGCCACUGCCAAGCUGGGGCUGCGCGGCACGCCCAGUCUACGACGCACACCAACGCCGGGCCAGGCGGCCAGAAAGCGAAAGAUCACGCCCGGUCUGGUGAAGAGCACAACGCCGCUGGGCAAGCCGAGGAGAAUCACAACGCCAACCAGCAACACCAUCAUCGAUACGGGCUCCACAAUCACAGACGAUCUGCUCAAGAUACCCAUAAAGCCACGCAGUGCAGCAGCGGAUUUCUUUUAGCUGUCGAACAAUUAAUUUAUUAGUUGCGUUUACAUU